AUGCCAUUAUUCAUUAAUUCCAAAGAUGUAAAGCCGAAAGUGCAGGUCUUUGUCCGGACUCCCCCCUCACAUAGAUCCAAGACAUUUUAUUUCGAACUCCAUCCUGAGACAUCCGUCUCAUCUCUCAAAGAAACAAUCAAGAAGAAGAUCGGUGUGGAGGAGCGACAUCAGCGCCUGUACAUCAGGGAAAACGUCCAGCUCUGUGACUUGCUCACACUCGAGGAGAAUGGCGUUGACAAGGAUGAACUCAUCUCUCUUCGUCUAUCAUUGGAUGAUGCAAAUGAUGACGAUGUACCAAAAGACAAAGCCAGCAUUGAAGAUGAGUACCUCAGGGACUUGUCAUCAAAAAUCGAAUCAUCGUGGAAGGAACUUGCCAAACACCUAGGAUAUAAAGAAGCUGAAAUUGCAGACAUCCAAACUACCAACGAAGGCAGCACUGAAGAGAGCCGUCACAUGCUACUCACUUGGUGGGAAAAGACGACAGAUCGCAACGAAGCAGCUCAGAAGCUGAGACGAGCAUUGGAGGCCAUCGGGCUGACUGAUUUGGCCCAAAAAGCACCGGUAACGAGCGAAUCGAGAGACGAAGCAGCUGGACCCGAGCCAGAAAGGCGUCGAGAUGCAGGAGUUGACGAGGAGAGCAAACAAAACGAAGCGGCAUCAACCGAGGAAGAGAAACUGAAAAAGGAACGAGUUGGUGAUCAAGAUAAACCUCAGCUAAUCAGUCGCAGAUAUGUGCAGGUCUUCAUCAGAAGUCACUGCUCACAUAGACCGAGGAUAAUGUGCUUGCAAGUGGAUCCAGAAACAUCUGUCUUGCUCUUAAAAGUGAUAAUGAGCGAGAAAAUCGGUGUGCUGCCUCAACAACAGCGUCUGUUCAUCCGAAGAAACUUUCGUAACUUUGAGCUUCAUAACUUGCUGACACUUCAUGACUGUGGAAUUCAUCAGGACGAGAACAUCUCACUCCGUCUGUGUACCGAUGGCCUACUGGGCGGUGGACCAAAAGGCAAAUACCCUGUUGAUGAUCAGUUCUUUCGGGACUUGGCUUCGAAAACUGAAUCAUCCUGGGAACAGUUGGCCAAAUCUCUGGGAUACGGUGAAGACGAAAUCAAGCAAUUCCAAAAAAUCUACCAAGAAAACAAAGAAAGGAGCCUACGGAUGCUGCUUUCUUGGUGGAGAAAGCAACCAAAUCGCGAGGAAGGAUUUCAGAGUUUGAGAGAUGCGUUACAGUCAAUCGGGCAUGUUGAGCUGGCCUUAAUGAUUCCUUCUGAAGAGCAACGGAGGAUGGAACAGGAAGAAGUUGCAGAUAGGGAGAAAAGGGGAACAUCAUCUGAGGGACGCAGACCAAGACAGGAGGAAACUGCUCAUCUAGACAAACUUCAACCACAGGUACAAUUGAGAUGUGCCGAAAAACAAAAGGAGCAAAAAGGGACUACAUCAUCUGAAAAUCAGAGAACGUGCCAAGAGGAAGUAACACAUCGAGACAAACACGGACCAUCGGUACAAGUGAGAGGAACUGAAGAACAGAGCAGGAAGAAAGGGACUACAUCUGAGGGACAGAGACCGACACGAGAUGAAAUUGCUCAUCAAGACGAACCUAAACCAGAGUUACACAUGGGAGGAGCUAAAAAAAAGUUCAAACAGAAUGAGACUACAUCAUCUGAGGACCAGAGACAGGGACAACAAGAAGCUGCUCAUCGAGACAAACCUCAACCAGAGGUACAAGUGAGAGGGGCUAACGAACACAGCAGGAAGAGAGGAGCUACAUCAUCUGAGGACAAGAGACCAGAACAAGAGAAAGUUGCUCACCGAGACGAACCUCAACCAAAGGUACAAGUGAGAGGGGUUAAAGAACAGAGCAGGAGGAAAGGGGCUUCAUCAUCUGAUGACCAGAGACCAGAACAAGAGGAAGUUGCUCAUCGAGAAGAACCUCAACCAGAGGUACAAGUUAGAGGGGCUAAAGAACACAGCAGGAAGAGAGGAGCUACAUCAUCUGAGGACCAGAGACCAGAACGAGAGGAAGUUACUCAUAGAGACAAAACUCAACCACAAGUACAAAUGGGAGUGGCUAAAAAUAAGAUCAAACAGAAUGAGACUACAUCAUCUGAGGACCAGAGACAGGGACAACAGGAAGCUGCUCAUCGAGACAAACCUCAACCAGAGGUACAAGUGAGAGGGGCUAAAGAACAGAGCAGGAGGAAAGGGGCUUCAUCAUCUGAGGACCACAGACCAGAACAAGAUGAAGUUGCUCAUCGAGACAAACCUCAACCAGAGGUACAAGUGAGAUGGGCUAAAGAACACAGCAGGAAGAGAGGAGCUACAUCAUCUGAGGACAACAGACCAGAACAAGAGGAAGUUGCUCAUCGAGACGAACCUCAACCAAAGGUACAAGUGAGAGGGGCUAAAGAACAGAGCGGGAGGAAAGGGGCUUCAUCAUCUGAGGACCACAGACCAGAACAAGAGGAAGUUGCUCAUCGAGAGGAACCUAAACCACCGGUACAAGAAGGAGUGACUGGGAUAGAAAGCAGAUCAGCCGAGGUGAGAAGAGCGCAUUCCAGUCCGAGUGAUGCUGCUGAUCAGUGCAGGAGUGAAUUAAAAGACCGGUAUACUACCACAGGUAGCUACGUUCAGUUAAUACCCUGGGUCGAUGACGACAUGAAACAUAUUAUGAAUAUCUAUACAGAGUUGCAAUUAGAGAAGGGUGACCAGGAUGACAUAGAGGGCGAUGUUGCGGAGUAUGGGGACAUUUUCCUCAUAAAAACAAAAGACGGGAAAGUGAUUAGACGCGCUGUGCUGUGUGGGUCACCUGGGAUGGGAAAGUCAACCAUUAUUGACAAAAUGGCAUACGACUGGGCGAAGGGUAUUGCACUCAAAACGUUCACACUUUUGUUUGUUUUGAAAAUGUCCGCUCUCGAUCAAACGUCGGAACUUGUUGAGUCGGUGUUUGAUCAGCUUUUAUCUGACGACACGAAUGUUAACAAGUGCGAUUUGGAAGCAUUCAUUAAAGACAAUGGUAGUAGAGUGCUCAUUCUGAUAGAUGGUUUUGAUGAAUUUGGGACAACUUACCUCGAACCAAAGAAAUUUGGGUCCAUUCUAAGAAUGCUGAAUCGCAAAUUUGGCAAGGAAUGUUUUGUAGUUGUAACAACGCGCCCCUCACAGUUUGCUAAAUUGAAAAGCAAACCACUCAUUGAGAAACCUUUCACCCAUGUGAAGGUUUUGGGAUUUAGGGAGGAAGAUAUUGGGCAGUAUGUUGGAAAUUUUUUCCCUUCAAGGCUUGAUGACUCUGAGGGACUUCUUGAUAGGAUUCAGUCAUCGGAUGUCUUGUCUGAUUUAGCAAGGAGUCCCAUGAUACUCCUGCUAAUGUGCCUAAUAUGGAGGGAAGAGGAAACACUACCCGAUACUCUAUCAAGAUUGUUCAGUGAGGCAAUUAGAUACAUAUUUCAAAGAAAAAUGCCUGAAAUACUUGAAGAAGCAAUGUCGGAAAUUGUGAUUUCAAUCGGCAGAGUCGCUUUAGAAGGGCUUGUUUCCCCGAAGCAAAGGCUUUCAUUUCAAGAGGGAGAGUUUGAGAAGAGUGCACUUGAUAAAGCAAUAAAAGCAGGUAUUCUCACUAGCCAGAUGGUCAUGAAGAGGCGCGGCACGCACAAUAACGUGCAGUUCAUUCAUAAGACACUUCAAGAGUACUGCGCAGCUAUGUACUGGCAGAGUCUUUUGAGCAAAGGCGAUUGGGAAUUUCAGAAGAUUCUUGAUAAACUUGGCCAUCCUGAGAAUUUUGAGUACAUGUUGCGCUUCUGCUGCGGCGACAAUCAACAAUGCACAACUCAAAUAUUGCGGAUGUUGAAUGAGAAGAAUCUGCAUGAUGAGGAUAUCGAAACCGAGACAGUGAUGGAACUGGCUUUAAAUUGCUACUUUGAAAGUCAAACAAAAGAUUUAUUAUCAGUAGAUUUCGUUGAGUCUUUUUUGACUGGAAACAUAGAGUUAAGUGGCAACGACAGCUUAAACUCGUUCGUGUGGUUGCUGCAGCAUGUUGCCGAGGAGACGGAGUCCUCAGGAGUAGAUUACUUCGAUAAAUCGCAAUUUGAAAUAUAUCGCUGA